AGUUACAAAUUAACUUAACCUCUUCGUUUCUUGUGCUUAUUUCCCGCCGUGCUUUUUCUCAAACUGAAAUCAGUACCUAUUUAUUUACGUUAGUACUGAAAAACUUUUAACUAGAAAAUAUAAAGCAGUUCAAAUUAUUAGAAUAAGUGAGUAAAUUGUGUAAAAUCAAAAUGCCCCCAAAAAGGAAAUUAAAAGCCGUAACCGAAGACAAAAAAGCCAAACGGACAAAAUUUACUCUUGAUGAUAGUAUAUUUCCUCCAUCUACGAAACAAGGGACUGUUUUAGUAACCGGUCAAAAUGACGUAGGCCAAUUAGGCCUAGGAGAUGAAGUUAUGGAAAAAAGUAGAUUAGCACUAUUACAGUUAGAAAAUAACGAAAUUGUAGAUAUUUGUGCUGGUGGUAUGCACACAGUUUGUCUGACUAAAGAUGGUAAAGUAUUUACUUUUGGAUGUAACGAUGAAGGAGCACUUGGGAGAAAAACAGACGACGAGGAAAAUUCAGAAUAUGUGCCUGGACCUGUUGAAUUACCUGGAAAAGCUAUCCAAAUUUCAGCUGGGGACUCCCAUACUGUUGCUUUGUUGGAAGAUGGAAAAGUAUUUGCUUGGGGAACAUUUAGGGAUACUCAUGGAAACAUGGGUUUAACCAUGUCAGGUAAUGAAAGAUUACCUUAUGAGAUUAUUAAGAAUGUCCCUAUAAUGAAGGUAGCAUCAGGAGAGAAUCACAUUGUUCUCUUGACACGUUUUGGCCAAGUUUAUACUUGUGGAAAUGGUGAACAAGGCCAACUUGGUAGGACAACUGAAAGGCAUAGUGGACGUGAUGGUAGAGGAGGAAUGAGCAACGCACAAAGAAAUAAACUGCUCAUACCAGCUUUGAUAAAUGUCAAGCCCUCGCUUAGACUCCAUUUUGACAACAUAUGGUGUGGAUCUUGUGGUACUUAUGUGAAAGUUGCGGGUGCUGAUGAUAUUUAUGUCUUUGGUCUUAAUAAUUACGGCCAAUUAGGAUUGAAUCAUAGUGGCCAACAAUAUAUUCCAGCUCACAGCAAAAUAUUUUCUAAUCAAAAAUUAAUAGAAAUAAGCGGUGGUGUGCACCACACGUUAGCAUUGAAUGAAAGCGGCCAAACGUUUGCCAUCGGAAGACAUGAAUAUGGAAGAUUAGGAUUGGGAGAAGCCGCGAAGGAUGCAACGGAAUUGGUCGAGAUUCCAAAACUGAAAGAAAUUAAAGUUACUACAAUUUCUGCUGGAUCUUGCACCUCAUUUGCUGUUUCAGAAAAAGGAGAGUUAUACUGUUGGGGCAUGGGAACGUCUGGUCAAUUAGGAACUGGAAAUGACGAAGACUGCCUGGAGCCUACCCUUGUUCAAGGUAAACAAUUGGAACAACGCUCCGUCAUAAAGGUAUCCAGUGGUGGACAACAUACUGUAGUAUUGGCUUUUACCAUAAAUAACAAUGAGAAUGGAAGUAAAUAGGUAAACAACAAAGUACGGUUAAGCAGAUUGAACAUAGGAUAAAAUCAUUUUCACAUUGUCAAUUCUCAUAUUUUGGAAACAGUUAUUAAAUGUGCUUUAACUGAGAGUGUUAUUCGUUACGUACAGCAAAAAAAACUAAAGUGUUUAUGUUGAUUCAUUUUCCAAUAUUCUAAGUUGUAGAGUUAUUAUAUUGUAAAUAAUGUGAAGUAACUAGGGCUGCACAGAACAGUGGUAAAAUGAAUAACUUCAUGGAAGUUACAUGGAGACAAAAUUUGACUUUGUAUAAACUUAAUUGUUAAAGUGUAAGUUCAAGUUGACCUUGAACAGACACAACUAAGUUUUGUAUGCCAUUGUUUUUUUCUGACUUUCGAAAAUUGAGUAAGUGUUUAAUUCUCUUGUGUUUCUUUCUUUUUACUUACAAUUAUUUAUAAACGUUUUUACGUCAAGUUUUGUUUCUAAUUGGUAAAUUAUUUAAUUGAUUCUGUCGCAAUUUAAAAUUCAUUUAUGUUACUUUUUAAUAGUCAAUAAUUGGUUGGAAAUUGUAUUACUUCAUGAGGAAUUAAUAAAGAUAUUAAGAAAA